CCCGCCCCCUGUCCUGCUGCUGCUGAGCGGACUCGUUGCGGUGUGCGGAGUGGAGUUGAGCGCGGAGGGAGCCGUUUCACCGCAGCGUUACCUGGAUGAACUCAGCGGGUCUGAAGCCGGAGGCUCGUGCUGAAGAGAGGGGAACGACGGAGAGAUACACCACCUGAGUGUUCCUCCGAGGGAGCACGAUGAAGCUCUGGGUUUGUGUGCUCGCUGUGAUUUGGUCGCUGCAGUCUGCACAUGCGGGGACGAAGACUUCUGGACCGUGUGAAGGACGUGACUGUAGUGGGGGAGGAUGUUCCUGUCUCCCAAUAAAAGGCAGUAGGGGUCGCCCCGGACCCUUGGGGCCGGUGGGGCCCAGUGGGCCUGAGGGCCUUGGUGGUGCUCCAGGGCCUGUGGGGCCUAAAGGAGAAAGUGGUCAUGUCGGUCGGUCAGGGCCCUCUGGACCAAAAGGGGACAAGGGUCCGAUGGGUGUUCCUGGCUUUCCGGGUACCGAUGGUGUUCCAGGUCACCCUGGCCAGGAAGGGCCAAGAGGACUUCCAGGAGCUGAUGGUUGCAAUGGAACACGGGGUGAUCCCAGCUUUCCAGGCUUCCCAGGCCUACCUGGCAGAUCUGGAACUCCAGGGUUGCCCGGCAUUAAAGGACAAAAAGGAGAACCAGUGUAUAUUCCUACAGACAUCACGGGUCCUCCUGGCUCACCUGGUCCAAUUGGUCCAGUUGGUCCCACUGGUCCCAUCGGUUACCCUGGCCCUCCUGGUCCACCUGGUCCUCCUGGGCCAACAGGAAACCCUGGUCAGGGUUACCAAGGAGAGACAGGAGAGAAGGGAGACGUGGGGCCGCCCGGCGAUCCAGGCCGGCCACUAGUCAAUGGAAUUGUGGAGUUAGUUGGAUUUCCAAAAGGAGACAAAGGAGCUCAGGGUGACAUUGGCUAUGCUGGAGAACCAGGACUCCCAGGACGACCCGGACCACCAGGCCCUUUUGGUUUCACUGGGGAAUAUGGUGAGAAAGGAAUUCCCGGCUUACCAGGCUUACGAGGUCCUCCUGGUCUGAAUGGACCACGUGGAGAAGAUGGUACAAAUGGAUAUCCUGGAGACUAUGGCUUACCUGGACAAGAUGGCUUUCCAGGCCCUAAAGGUUACAGAGGAGACAUAGGUCCACCAGGGCCAACUGCCUAUACUGGUGAAGGAGGAUUUCUGAAAGGUCCUAGAGGUGAUCCUGGGUUUGAUGGCUAUGCUGGUGAGGUUGGAGAUGUAGGUCCAGAAGGGCUUCCCGGAGAACCUGGUGCUCCUGGAUCUUCUAUCUCAGGCUCUCCAGGACUGCCUGGGCUGCCUGGUCCUCCUGGGUCUAGGGGAGAGAAAGGAAACCCUGGUCGCACAACCUAUGGUCCUGAAGGGCAGCCUGGAAGUCAAGGUUUACCUGGACCUCCAGGCCGCCCUGGACCUCCAGGUCGCCCUGCACCCUUUGGACCAUUUGAGACAUCCAGCUUACCUGGUCCACCAGGUCCAAAAGGUGUCAGAGGACCCCCAGGAGAAAGAGGUUACAAAGGGUUUAAAGGAGAACUUGGAGACUGUAAUUGCUUGGGUGGAGGAACCUCUGGUCCACAAGGUCCACCAGGGUUUAAGGGGUUCCCUGGUCUCUCAGGAGUAAGUGGACAGAAAGGAGAAAUCGGUGACCAAGGAUUUCCAGGACUUCGUGGACUACAGGGCCCAAGUGGUCGUCCUGGAGAGCGAGGCUUUGCUGGGCGUAAAGGAGAGAAGGGGAACUCUUACUUUGCUGGAAGUCAAGGACAGAAGGGUGAUAGGGGUGAGCCAGGGCCUCUUGGUCCCAAAGGUGAUAUUGGCAAACCUGGAAGAGAUGGAGUCUCUGGUUCCCCUGGACUACCAGGACCACCGGGAGAUGCUGGUUUUGGGGUGCCUGGAGACAGAGGCUUCCCUGGGUUUCCUGGCAGGAAGGGCCUUCCUGGUCCAGUUGGCGAGGCUGGCAUUGGCUAUCCAGGCACUGCUGGUGUUCAAGGUUUGUCAGGGGACCCUGGCAUCAAUGGACUUCCAGGAGAACCUGGACUUCCAGGGGCACCAGGACAGACAAUGCCCUGCGUAAUUCCAGGAGAAACUGGAAAGCCGGGAAUUCCUGGACUGCCAGGAGUGCCAGGCCUAAAGGGUCAGCCUGGUCCUCCAGGAUUAAGUGGACGGCCUGGUCUUGAUGGCGUAAAGGGUGAGAGAGGAAGUCCAGGCUUUGGAGGUCAACCAGGUCCACAAGGCUUCCCUGGACCAAGAGGAGAUCCAGGUUUACCAGGCACCACUAUCAAUGGCUUCCCAGGCAUUCCAGGAAAAGCUGGUCGUCCUGGGUUGACAGGAGCAAAAGGAGAACCUGGUGAGACUUUAGGUGCCUCUCCAGGAAUCCAAGGAUUUCCAGGGCCAGUUGGAGAGCCUGGAGACAAAGGUCAACAAGGCACCCCCGGAAUACCAGGCCAACCUGGUUUUGAUGGGCGCAUUGGUGUCCCAGGUGUGAAGGGUGAACGAGGUGCAGCUGGUUUUCCAGGCAUAGAAGGACCGCCAGGCCCACCGGGUUAUGUCCGUCCAACUGUUCCAGUUCGAGGGCCACCUGGCGAUCCUGGAUUACCUGGACCACUAGGCUGCCAAGGUUUCCCAGGGCUGAAGGGUGAAAAAGGAGAUCCAGGACCGGGCCUUCAAGGAAGGAAAGGUGCUGCUGGACCAUCUGGAGUUCCUGGAACCCAAGGAGAAAAGGGGCGUCCUGGAGCACCUGGUCCAGCACGUAAUGGAAUACCAGGCAGACCGGCACUAAAAGGAGAGAAGGGUUCGCCGGGGCUGGUGGGGUUCUCUGGAAUUCCAGGACGUGACGGCGGCGCUGGACUCCCAGGACGUAAAGGUCUGCCAGGAAUCCCAGGACAGGAUGGUCUAUCUGGAGAACGUGGAAUGAAGGGAUUCAAAGGGGACCGUGGGGAGCCAGGUGCACGAGGGCUUGACUUUCCAUUCGUUCCAUCUGAUCUCCUGAAGAAAGGGGAUCAAGGAGAUCCUGGAGCAAAUGGCCCACCAGGGUUCCCAGGCCCAAGAGGUGAUAAGGGAUUUUCAGGGUUGCCUGGUCGUCAGGGCUUACCAGGUCAGCCCGGAGGUGCCUCCCCAGUCAAGGGUCUCCCUGGCGAUGCCGGAUUUCCAGGGCGUCCAGGUUCUUCUGGCUUUCCAGGAACUAAAGGUGCAUCUGGUGUUCUGGGCUUCCCUGGAAUGCCUGGACCCAGGGGUGAUAAUGGAGACACUGGUUUGCCUGGAUUGCCUGGUAGUCCAGGGCAGCCUGGUGUCAAAGGUGAGAAAGGUGAUGCUACUGGAGCCCCUGGGCCCCCUGGAGCAAAGGGAUUGGUGGGAAAUCCUGGAUUCCCAGGGGGCCAAGGUGCUGCUGGUGAACUGGGUUCUCGUGGUUUCCCUGGAGUUCCAGGGGUACCUGGGCAGAAGGGUCUACCAGGAGAUGCAGGAAGGGCAGGACUCAGUGGUUUGCCUGGACUCCCUGGCAGCAUGGGUCUUCCUGGUUACUCAGGAGAGAGGGGUCGCACUGGUGAGCCUGGACGCCCAGGAGGUCCUGGCCGAAUAGGAGAGAAAGGUUUACCUGGCUCUCCUGGUUUAGAUGGCCUCAAUGGACUUCAGGGACCCAAAGGUCAACAAGGAGUACCUGGGGUGACGGAGGGCAGUCGGCCAGGAGCCCCUGGAAUGAAUGGUCUGAAAGGGGAAAGAGGCUCAUCACGGCCAGGACAGCCAGGAUUCCCUGGACCAAAGGGGAACAAAGGAGAGGGCGGUGCUCCUGGUCAGCCAGGUUCCCCAGGUCCUCCAGGCCCUCGUGGGCCAACAACUUCGUCUAAUAUCCCAGGUCCAGUCGGAGAUCCUGGUCUGCCUGGACUGGAUGGUGGACGAGGUCUUACUGGCCCCCCUGGUCCUCCUGGUCCGGCGGGCCCUGGAACAAUACAGGGAGACAGAGGAGAUUCAGGGAUUCCUGGAUUCCCUGGACGUCCUGGGAACCGUGGUGAUCCUGGAUUCCCAGGAGGACGUGGAAUACCAGGCAGCCUGGGACUUAAAGGAUUGAGAGGUGACCCUGGAGUUGGUGGGAUACCAGGACCUCAAGGCUAUUUUGGAGAUCCAGGAAGUUAUGGUAACAGAGGACCAAAAGGACCAACAGGUAAGCCUGGCAGUCCCGGACUUCCUGGGAUUGUAAUUGGACCACAACUUGUGGAUGCACCGACAGGUGAUCCUGGCCCACAAGGAAUUACUGGUCCUUCUGGUUCGAAAGGAUCACCAGGCGAGCCUGGCUCACCAGGACGUCAAGGUUCUAAAGGAACGGUUGGAUCAGUGGGGAAACCUGGGCGCCCAGGUUCUGCUGGAGUUCCGGGAUUCAUCGGAGACCCUGGAACCCCUGGAUUCCAAGGACUUGACGGUUAUCCAGGAUUUCCUGGUAAACCUGGCUUACCAGGUCGUCCAGGUCUCCCUGGACGCAGCAUUGGGAUUGGCUACACUCUGGUGAAGCACAGCCAAUCGGUUCAGGUGCCCAUGUGCCCUCAGGGCAUGGCCAAGCUAUGGGAGGGAUACAGUCUGCUUUAUGUAGAGGGACAGGAGAAGGCCCAUAACCAGGAUCUGGGAUUGGCUGGUUCUUGUCUGCCUCGUUUCAACACCAUCCCCUUCCUCUACUGCACCAGCAGUGAGCUCUGUUACUACGCCAGCCGCAACGACAAGUCCUACUGGCUGUCCACCACAGCACCCAUUCCCAUGAUGCCUGUGGCAGAGCAGCAGAUCACUAACUACAUCAGUCGCUGUUCAGUGUGUGAAGCUCCUUCUCAGGCAGUUGCCAUCCACAGCCAAGACUCCAGCAUACCCCCCUGCCCGAAUGGGUGGAGGAGCCUGUGGAUCGGAUACUCUUUCCUAAUGCACACGGCUGCAGGGGCAGAGGGAGGUGGUCAGUCUCUGGUGUCUCCCGGCUCCUGCUUGGAGGAUUUCCGUGCCACGCCCUUUAUUGAAUGCAACGGGGCCCGCGGCACAUGCUUCUUCUUCAACAACAAGCACAGUUUCUGGCUGACCACUGUGGAGCGGGACAGGCAGUUCGUGCAAAGUCCGGAGUCGGAGACGCUGAAGGGAGAAAAGUACCGCGACCGCAUCAGCCGCUGUCAGGUCUGCAUGAAGAUCCUGUAGCCUGAACAGGCUGGAGAGAGGGACUUUCACAGAAGGAGUGGAAGAAGAGACUAGAGAGAGAGAGUUGAGAAGAGGAGAGCAUCGGAGAGACAGGAUGUAAAUGUUGACUGACUGACUGACUUUAUUCAGCCCCUCUCUUGGAGCUUCCUACAAAGCUAUCGAGCGCAGGUAGAGGCCCUGCUGAUAGAAGUUGCAAAGGGAAGAGGUUUGACUUCUCUCCCCUCAUUUAUCAACACUGGUGCUACAGAAAAAUGUUUAUUUUAUUUGUAUUUGAAUUUCUUGUCACGGUUUUUGUCUUGCGUAUUCAUGGCUACCUCAGAGAGUGUGUCCCAAAUCUGCGAUGGGCAGCACUGAAUCAUUAAUGUGCGACUGCAGCCAUACGUAACUCCUCUGAUUCAACUGGUUACAAACUUAGACCCCAUUUGCACCUGGUCGUUUAGUGUAUCUAAGGUAUCAGGAUUAUAUCUAUAGAUAUAUAUUAUACACAUAAAAACGCUGCUGUAAAUCCAAACACACAUUUAAAACAGAUUUAAAUCUAGUUCCAACAAACCACUUCAGGAGGUGUUAGCCAAUACAUUUGUCUCACCAAGCCACAUAUGACAACCACAAAUUCAUUACAUCAUAAUGCAAGUGGUCCAUGACUGUGAUGACUUGAACAGAAGGCUAAUCAUGAAGGACAUACAUGGUAGGUGCACAGGAAAUGGACAGAGCCCUAGUUGUGCAAUUUCCGACUCAGCAACCAACUUUCGCAUAGAACAGGAAAAACUGGAAACGAAGAACAACACAGAUAAUUGGUUGUUAUGUUGAGCGAUUUGCAUAUUACGUGCCAUAAAGAAUGAAUUUUACUCAAACUAACUGGAGAUGCAAUUAUUUUAGUUUAAAAAGUUUAAAUGCAUUUUCUUAAAAUCUUAACAAAUCUCAGGAUACAGUCCAGAUAUGACCAGAUGUAGAUGGGGCCUUAAUUUAGUAGGUAUUUUGAUGCUUCCCUGACAUUGGCACAAACCCCUUUUCUCUUGUUUAGAAUUAUAAUUCACUUGAAUUAUAAUAAACACUUUUGUAAGUGAUAUUGUGCUUAGUCGGUAACACAUGAAAUCACGACUCUUUCUAACCCCAAACAUGUGUAUCUUUGAAGUAUUGCACUGACGUUCAUAUCUGGGUUCAAAAUGUAAUAAAGUUCCUCAAUAUGGUUCAGACACACAGAUCACCCAUUUCAAAACAGAGGGAUCUGGGCUAGAUAUUCAGCAGCUGUAGAUAAUCCACUCCCACUUUUUACCUCUAACAGGUAUCUUUACCAAAUGUCAUCAUAAUAAAUACUCUUUCUUCCCUUUUGCCUGAAAACACUGAAAAACAUCUCAUUCUCUGCAGACACGUGAACAAUGCUGUUUUCAUAUUCAUUGUCAUCAUUAUUCCUUCCGCUGGUCAGAAAGAAAAGACAUUAGAUGUUCACCCCUUUCCAAUACUGAAAGUAUGAGGAAUGUCUUUUAUCUCAGCUUUUACUAGAUUGAGUUUGAGUUUUGAGUCUCUUAAAGAGACAUAGUGAUAUGUAACCACUAUAGCCACUAAGCCUCUUAACCUCUCUUUGGUAGCCUUGAGUACAUGCUUUCUAUUUGUAAUGUUUGUUUGUAAACAGAUAGGUUGCUGUUUAGUUGCUUCAUCGUAUGACAGGAAAGAAAAUCUUUUUUUUUUACUUGUACAUUUUUUAGAAUAAUAAAAACUAGAAUGUUUCUAGCAUUCAGCUUAUUUUUAAGGGUUGUUUGUAAAGGCAUAUAUACACCUAUGUAUGUAUAUUACAACAGGAGUAUUUGCAUCUUGUCUUACACUGAUGCCCGCUGAUGUACAAUUUAACAGCUUAAGAGGAUUUUUUGUUUUAUUGUGUAAUUGUUUAAAGUUUACUAUAUACAUUUAGUCAUAUCACAUAGCUGGACAGACGCAUUACCAGUAUUACUGCAAAUGCUUUACCAGAAUGGUUCCAAUGUGUAAUAAUUAUGUUCCCCAUUA